AUGGUUCAACGCUUCUGGGAGAUUGAUAAUGUUCCUCAAGCAUCAAUUCUCACACCACUAGAUAUGGCAUGUGAAAAGGCAUAUGUCACCGACCAUUAUCGUGAUUCAACAGGCAGAUACGGAGUUCAGUUACUUUUUAAGGAUGCAAACCAAAUUCUGCAUAGCGAGAUUUAUGUUGACGACAUUGUAACCGGUUGUGAGACUCUGGACGAGGCUCUAGAGGCUAAAGCACAAAUUAUAGAGCUUUUGGAAUUAGGGCAUUUCCAGUUGAGGAAGUGGGCCAGUAACAUACCAGAGUUACUUUCUGAUAUUCCUCAGGAAGAAUGUCUGCUUAGUUCCAAAACAUUUACCGGCCAUGACUCUUGUAGCCUAAAGGUGCUUGGUUUAAAGUGGGAGCCAACUACCGAUACAUUUUCCUUUGAUGUUAAAUCUUCAAUCCGACCUUGUACAAAACGAGUUAUUCUUAGCGAGAUCGCGAAGAUCUUCGACCCCUUAGGUUUCCUUGCACCUCUAACCAUCAAGGCGAAGUGCCUCUUGCAACGGCUCUGGCUGCUUGGUAUCGAUUGGGACAGUGAUCCACCCGAAGAUGUGAAUAGCGUGUGGGAAACAUUUUGCAAUCAGCUGUCUAUAUUAAAGGACCUGCGUAUACCACGGUGUAUGACAAUUAACAACACUUUAACGUACGAAUUACAUGGAUUUUGUGAUAGCUCGGAGCUUGCGUAUGGAGCAGUUAUUUAUAUUCGAGUUUCAACUGCAGACGGAUUAACACAAACACGAUUAGUAUGUGCCAAAGCUCGAGUAGCUCCCAUUAAGAAAAUCUCUUUGCCUCGAUUGGAGUUGUGUGCAGCCGUCUUGCUGUCAAAUUUAGCAAAAUUUGUGCUGGAUACAUACUUAACAAAAUUAACGCUCCACGCUAUUUAUCUAUGGUCUGACUCGACCGUCGUCCUAUCUUGGCUUCGUUCACACUCCUCUCGAUGGACCACGUUCGUAGCUAAUCGUGUGGGACAUAUCCAGGAUAUUUUCUCUACGGAGGUGGACGUGGGGCGCGGCGCGUAUCGAGCGGUGGCGCGCGCAGUGCCGCUGGAGCACCCCGGCCGGUUAGUUGUAUGCCACCACCGGCCGGCGGCCGACCCGCCAUCGGAUAUCCUAAAUCCCGAUAACAACGUGCCCAUGUGCCUGUGUUGUGAAGUUUUUCUG